CGUGUACAGAUUUUCUUCAGAAGAAUUUAACGUCUGUUUUGAUUAAAAUGGAAUAAAUACUGAUUGCUUAGAUACAUGUAAAUUACUGAAAUUUGAAAAUCUGUACACGAAAAUGGAGGCAGUCACAAUGGUCACGACGUAUUGGCAAACAGCUGUGUUUUAUUCGCUAAUUGCCAUUUCUACAACCUUGUUGGCAGUGUACUUAUAUAUAGAAAAUCUCCGAGUAGUUAGAUUUGGAAAUAAAAUUCCAGGACCAAAAACAGUGCCAAUUUUAGGAAAUGCUUUAUUAACAGUAGGUUUGCACCCAAAUCAGGUGUUAGACUUUUUGAUUCAACAAGAUGUUUAUGGACCUGUAGUACGCGCUUUCCUUGGAACGAAAUUAAUUGUCUUCAUGUAUCAUCCUCGUGAUUGUGAAAUUAUUCUUAACAGUUCUGUUCAUAUAGAUAAAGCUCCAGAAUACAGAUAUUUCAAACAAUGGCUGGGAGACGGUCUGCUCAUUAGCACAGGUGAAAAAUGGAGAACACACAGAAAAAUCAUAGCACCGACGUUUCACUUAAAUGUUUUAAAGACAUUCGUUCCAUUGUUUUAUCAGAAUAGCAGAGAUCUAGUUAUACGUCUACGAGAUCAAGUGGGAAAAGAGUUUGAUUGCCACGAUUAUUUAUCUGCAGUCACUGUUGAUAUUUUAUUAGAUACUGCCAUGGGUUUAAGGGAUACUGAAAAGCAUAAAACUGGCUACGAUUAUGCGAUGGCUGUAAUGAAAAUGUGCGACAUAAUUCAUCGUCGACAAUUCAAUAUACCUUUGCGAUACGACUUCCUCUUUAACGUUUCAAAUAUGUCGAGAGAGCAAGAGAAGUUGCUUGGUACCAUUCAUGGUCUAACCUCCAAAGUUAUUCAAAGAAAGAAAGAAGAAGCUUACAAAAGUAUUUGCUCAAAUAUCGGGCAAAAGCAAAAGAAACCUAACGAAACCGAAUCGAGUCAAGAAAAUAAAGAAACUAGUGAAUCAAAUCCAAACAGAAAGAAUGAAGGUCCUGUAAGAAUGCACUAUGUCAGAGAUGAUCUUGAUGACAUCGAUGACAAUGAUGUGGGCGAGAAAAAAAGACUUGCUUUCUUGGAUCUUAUGCUUGAAUUAUCGAGAAAUGGCGCAGGACUGACCGACGAAGAAAUCAAAGAGGAAGUUGAUACCAUAAUGUUUGAGGGGCACGACACUACGGCUGCAGGUUCCAGCUUCGUUCUCUGUCUACUUGGAAUUCAUCAAGACAUUCAAGAUCGUGUUUACGAAGAAUUAGAAGAAAUUUUCAAGGGUUCAGAUAGACCCUGCACAUUUCAGGAUACUGUAGAGAUGAAAUAUUUAGAAAGAGUUAUUUUAGAAACAUUGAGACUUUUCCCACCGGUACCAGCAAUUGCGAGGUUGCUCAAUGAAGAUGUUAAAAUAGUUACUGGAAAUUAUGUGUUACCAAAGGGUUGUACGGUUUUAAUUUCACCAUACAGGGUUCAUCGAUUACAGGAAUUUUAUCCUAACCCCGACGAAUUUAACCCUGACAAUUUCUUACCAGAACGAAUGCAAACUAGGCAUUAUUAUGCAUUCAUUCCUUUCAGUGCAGGGCCUAGGUCAUGCGUGGGAAGGAAGUAUGCAAUGUUGAAGUUGAAGGUUUUAUUGUCGACGAUCCUGCGGAACUACAAGAUCCUGUCGGAUCUUCCAGAAAAGGACUUCCGGUUGAAGGUUGAUAUUAUUCUUAAAAGAACGGACGGCUUUCGGGUAAAAAUCGAGCCACGAAACAAAAGCAGUCAAGACGUCCACGUUUAAA